AUGGCUGAUAGAUCCAUCCUUCUUCAAGGCGGACUUGUCCUCACCCACUCCUCCUCCCCAGAUGACCAUGUGAUUCCCCUGCACGACACCGACGUGCUGAUCGUCGGGAACGUGAUUUCUCAAAUUGCCAAGGGCAUCAAGGCUCCCUCGAAAGACACCGAGACGAUCGACUGUCGUGGCAAGAUCGUCUCCCCUGGUUUCAUCGACACGCACCACCAUCUGUGGCAGACGCAGCUGAAGGGCAGGCAUGCCGACGAAGGCCUAGUAGCGUAUAUGGUGUCUGGCAACAUGGUAUCGUACGCGUACACUUCUUCAGACGUAUACUGGGGCCAGUUGGCCGGUUGUCUCGAGGCGAUCAACUGCGGUACGACUCUCGUUCUCGACCAUGCACAUGUCGUCUAUACUCCUGAGCAUGCAAAUGCAGCAAUAGCAGCUACUGCGGACUCCGGCAUCCGGUCCAUCUUCGCGUACUCGGUUGCCCUGAGGAUGACCGAGUGGAGUGAGACUGGUUGUGUGCCGAGCGGCGAGCUUCUUCCGGAAUGGGCACUAUCUCAACUUGGGCGCCUAGUUGAGCAGUAUAAUCGGAACCCGCAGGAUCAUGAUGCGACCGUGGAAAUUGGGCUAGGAUUCGACCUGUGGUUCUUGCCCAAAGAUAUGAUCCUCGGCUUAUUGAAAGAAUUGGGGUCCAAGGGCCUCAGAGUCGUCACGACACAUGUCAGUAGAAAUGCUCUUCAGGGUUUCCAUUCCGUCAUUCAACUGCUUUCGUCCUACGACCUUCUUCAACCACCGUAUCCCCCGCCUGGGACAUACACGGGGGGCGGUGCGAGGUUACCAUUUCUGCUCCUGUCGCACUGCAACGGAGUCGAGGAAGAAGAUCUCUCAGUGGUCGCUUCAAAGGGGGCCCCAAUCUCUAGCACGCCUGACACAGAGGCGCAAAUGGGUAUGGGAUGGCCCGUUGGACAGCAUCGGAUAUUCAGGAAGGGUGAGGCAAAAUCCACGAAUGUCUCUCUAGGGGCCGACUGCCACAGCAACAACCCGUCCAGCAUUGUCCUACAGGCUCGAGCAUUGCUUCAGCUUGCGAGGCUUGAGAAGAAUAACCGCAUCAUAGCUGACGGUCGGUUCCCGCGGGAAAAGGUCCUCGGUUCAUCCGAAGCAGCGUACAAUCUCAUGACCAUCCGCGGUGCGAGGUGCUUAGGUCUCGAAAACGAGGUGGGAAGUAUAGCGCUGGGGAAAAAGGCGGAUAUAGUUGUGUUCGACGCGGAGCAUAGUGUCGGGAUGCUCGCGGCUGCAGAUCACGAUCCAGUCACCGCGAUUGUACGAUUCAGCGAAGCUGCGGACAUAGACACCGUGAUUGUGAAUGGUACUGUGAGAAAGAGAGACGGGAAGAUCGUGGAUGUCGGUGUGAGCAUGCCCUUGGAUGCGGAGCGGAAGACGAUAAUGGCAUGGUCGGAUAUCGCUGGUGAAGUUCGUAAAUCUCGAAAGGAGAUCCAGGCUCGUAUUGACGGACUGAAUCUGGCGCGUGGAAAGGAUGUGAUGCUGAGUAUGUUUCAUGUGGAUGAGUCGAAGUUGGUUGAUGCCAGCUAG